CAGACCACCACUGAACCCCAUGGCAGUGCCCACCCCUGCCCGCCGUGGCUGUGCCAGGUACCUGCCUGGGGUGAAGAGCCUCCCCCAGGCCUGCCCAGCUGCCCUGACAUGGGUCCCUCAUCCCCAAGCUCUGCCAUGGGCACAGACCCCCGGAACCUGUGUGACAUUAAAGGUUAAUCCAGAGCCUUCAGCCUUCACCCUCCUGCUGGACUCCCAACUGUUGGUGUGCCAGCACGCUGCUGUGCUGCUCUGGCUGCCGGGCGCCCGCAGGCACGCUGCGGCAGUGGGUGGGGUGUGGCCGGGGUGCAGAUGCCCUGCCCAUGGUCGCCUCACCGGAGGCAGCUGGCACAGCUGGACUUUGAGCCGCUUAUCAAGUGGUGGAGGUGCCAGGAGGGGAACGGAGGUGCCGGAAGGGUGUGGAGAUGUCGCCUGCGAGGGUGUGAAGGGGCUACACCCAGCUCCGUCAGGAGCCCUGUACUGGGUGCAGCCCCUAAACCCCUCGGGGGGACCCGGUGGGCUCUGCCCUACUGACUGCCAAGGUGCCGAGGUGGCCCCCCCGGUACUCUAGGGGUGCAUGAAAGGCCCUUUUGUACCUCGUGCCGUGGGCAGGGCUGGGGCUCGCUGCCAGGACGGUGGCACACGGUGGCCUCCUGCCCGCCCCGGCCCCGCCGCGGGGCUCCGCGUCCCCGCCCUUUGCCCAGCCCCGCGUUAAUGAUCCACCCGCCCCCAGCAGCCGCUCGCCGUGGUGGCAGCGCCAGCAGAGCCGGGGGUCCUCGGCCCGGGCGGCUCCGGGGGCUGGCGGGUCCCUGCCCUGCGCCCCACCCCUGUUCCCCGCGCGGAGAUAAGAGCGGCCGCACCAUGCCCGUGGCCAGCGCCAACCUGCGCGCCCUCACCUCCUGGGUGGGCAUCGCCCGCCUCUCGGCCGUCGUGCUGUCCUGCCUCGCCUUCAGCUUGGUGGCCUCCACCGGGCAGUUCUGGGGUCCCUACGGGACGUGGUGCAUGUUCAGCUGGUGCUUCUGCUUCGUUGUGACGCUGCUGGUGCUGCUGCUGGAGCUGCUGGAGCUCUACCCGCUGCUGCCGCUCUCCUGGGAUGACUUCACCGCGGCGUUUUCCAUGCUGGCGGCUCUGAUGGUCUUCACCUCCUCGGUGGUGUACCCUGCCACCUUCAUCAGCGGCUCCUGCAGCAGCAGCCAGUGUGCCCGGCAGGCCGUGGCCACCGCCGCCUCCUGCCUCUGCUUCCUCGCCUACGCCGUCGAGGUGUCGCUGACCCGCGCCAAGCCAGGGGACAUCAGCAGCUUCCUCUCCACCGUGCCUGGCCUCCUCAAGGUCUUUGAAGCCUACGUGGCUUGCCUGAUCUUCUCCUUGCUGGAUGCAUACAGUGGAAAACCUGGCCUGAUGUGGUGUGUGGCUGUCUACUCCCUCUGCUUCAUCUUCACCCUCCUCAUCAUCAUCUUCACCGUCGGCCGCUGCCUCACCUACAUUCCCUGCCCGCUGGAGAAGAUGCUGGUGGGGUACAACUUCCUGGCCCUGCUGAUGUACCUCACUGCCACCAUCCUCUGGCCUCUCUACAGCUUCCGGGGGCAGGGCCGCCCCGAGCACUGCGGCCCGAGCUGCCCGUGGAACAAGCAGCUGGGCAUCACCUUCCUCACCAUCUUCAACCUCAUCGCCUACUUGGUGGACUUGGUCUACUCCACCAGGAUGGUGUUUUUCAGGGCACCUCCCUAAGGGCUGGGGCCGGGGUGAGGGGUGGUGGGACGCGGCUGGGUGCCGGUGGCGGUGCCGGCGGAGCUGAGGAAGAGGCGGGAUGCCUCGGAAAGCUCCUUGUCCCCGUGCUGGAGCAGGGAGCAGGGGGUGUCCCCGGGCGUGCGCUCAGCCCUGGGCCCCACGGGCUGCACAGACAGGGGGGCUGGAGGGGCCUCGAGGGGCUCCCGAAACCCCGGAGCUUGAGGGGGCUUUGAGAUUAAACUGGGUCGUUUUUCA